AUGUCAAGGCGAAGUAUAACUAAUAGAGCGUCUUCGUCUGUUACAGAAGCAGAUCGAGCUACCCGAGGAGGAGCUCAAUUCCCAACCCAUCCCGCAGAGGGGCCCUCACCUACAGAACAGCCCUCUCUCAUACAAAACAACCUCAACUGCAGAUGGCCCUCUUCCCACAGAAUAUCCUCACCUGCAGAGAGACCCUCUCCCGCAGAGGUGCCCUCAUCUACCAAGGGUCCCUCUCCUGCAGAGGGCUCUUCCCAGCAGAACAACUCUCUCCCACAGAGGGUCCCCUCCCACAGAACAACCCUCUCCUGUAGAGGAAUCUUCCCAGCAGGACGACCCUCUCCGGCAGGGGGUCAUCUCCUACAGAACAGCCCCCUUCUGCAGAGGGUCCCUCUCUCACAGAACAACCUCACCUGCAGAGGGACUUUCUGCCGCAGAACACCACAGAGGGUCCCUCACCUGCAAAACGGCCUCCGGAAGAACCGCCCCCCGCGCUCCCCCGUCUGA